UUGAAAAAAUAUACAUGGCGUAGAAAGUUGUUUCGAACAGACGGCCAUGAUUUCCAAUAUGCUAUUACGGAUAGAAACAGGAAGAAAAUGGCCGGUAGCGUGUGUUGAUCGUUUGUAUUGAAGUCGAUGUAAGUUUAUAUCAGUCUUUUCAUUUUAAAGAGACGGACUUAUGGCUAAAGUGAAAUUUUCUUUUAUGAUACGGCGAAUUUAGCAACGACGCUGAAUUUUAUAUAUAUACAAAUUGGAGAGCAACAGUAUGGCGAGUCCUUCACCACAAUCAUCUCCUAUGCCUCCUCCGCAAACUCCAAGUCCUAUGGGUCCUCCUCAACAGGCCCCAUCACCAUCUAAUCCACAAGGUAGUCCCAUGGGUCCACCGCAACAUCAUCCUCAUAGUCCAACACAAGCAUAUCAAACUGGUCCACCAAUGGCACCUGGUGGUCCACCUAUGCCUCAACCACCUCAACAACCUCCACCACCGCAGCAAAGUUAUUCAUCACAUCCACAACAAAUGCAACCUACUAUGGGCCCACAGAAUCAAGGUGGACCUGGUGGACCAGUUAGCCAGAAUUCUAGUUCACAACAGGGUCCUGGAGGACCCAUGGUACCAGGGCAAAUGGGACCAAAUGGGCCUCAAGGAACAUCUCACAUGAUGCAAUCUGGUCCAAAUCAAAUGAAUACCAAUGGACCAGGACAAAUGAGCAGUGGUGGACCUGGUCAAAUAGGUCCAGGAGGACCAGGUCAAAUGGGACCAGGUGGUCCAGGACCAAUUGGACCGAGUCACAUGGGACAAGGAGGUGGUGGGCCACCUGGAGGUCCUCAUAUGGGGCAGGCUCCUACUCAAAUGGGUCCAGGAAGUGGACCCGUAUCACAAAUGGGUUCUGGGGGUCCACCAAAUUCGCAAAUGGUACCUGGAGGACCAGGACAUAUGAGCGGACCACCAGGACCAAGCCAUAUGAAUGCAACUGGGCCACCAGGACCUGGACAUAUGAGUGCUGGUGGUCCACCUGGCCCAGGACAUAUGAGUACUAAUGGUCCACCAGGAUCUGGACAUGUCAGUACAAGUGGUCCUCCAGGAUCAGGGCAUAUGAGUGCUACAGGACCACCAGGUUCAACCCAUAUGAAUGCCAGUGGUCCACCUGGAAGUCAUUUAAAUAGCGGGCCACCCAUUCCAAGUCAUAUGAAUGCAGGAGGUCCACCAGGAUCUGGGCAUAUGAAUACUAGUGGACCAGGAAACCAUUUAGGGCCUGGUGGACCAGGUCAAAUGCCUCCAGGUGGCCCAAAUGCACAUAACUUGGGGCCAGGAGGACCAAAUCAAAUGGGUCCUGGUGGUCCAAAUCAAAUGGUACCUAGUAGUCAAUCCCCUAUGGGACCUAACCCUAUGGGAUCUGUUGGUCCAGGGGGACAAAUUGGUCCAAAUGGACCUGGGCAAAUGGGUCAUAAUGGACCUUCACCAAUGGGUCCUAAUGGUCCUGGACAAAUGAGUAUGGGAACUACUCCGUCGCAAAUGGGAAUGGGAGGACCUGGAAGUCAAUUGGGUCCAGGAGGACCUGGUGGUCAAAUGGGUCCUGGAAGCGGACCUGGAGGACAAUUAGGACCAAAUGGUCUUGGACAAAUGGGACCAGGAAGUGGACCUGGAGGGCAAAUGCCACCAGGUAAUGGUCCUGGAGGACCUAUGGGUCCCGGAAGUGGUCCUGGCGGACAAAUGGGAUCGAGUAGUGGCCCCGGAGGACAAAUGGGUCCAGGAAGUAGCCCAGGGGGACAAAUAGGGCCGGGAAGUGGUAGUGGAAAUCAAAUAGGACCUGGAAACCCUCCUGGAAAUCCGAUGACACCAGGAAGCGGACCUAGUGGACAAAUGGGUCCAGGGAACGGACCAAGCGGACAAAUGGGUCCGGGGAGUGGACUUAGUGGUCAAAUGGGGCCGGGAAAUGUUCCUGGUGGACAAAUAGGACCAGGAAAUGGUCCGAAUAGUCAAAUGGGACCGGCAAGCGGUCCAGGUGGACAGAUGGGUCCAGGUGGACAAAUGGGACCUAACGGUCCUGGAGGACAAAUGGUUCCAGGCGGUCCAGGUGGACAAAUACCGCCAGUUGGCCCGACAAGUCAAAUGGGACCUGGUGGUCCCGGUAGUCAAAUGGGGCCAGGUGGUCCAAACAAUCAGCUGGGUCAUGGUAGUGCAAGCAAUCAAAUGGGACCAAGCGGACCAACUGGGCAGUCAUCUUCUGGUCAGAUGGGACCUGGUUCACAAAAUCAACAAAUUGUGCCUGGAGGUUCAGCUCCAAUUGGACCUGGCGCACCUGUGAAUCAAAUGAGUCAGACUGGACCUGGUCAAAUUGGUCCCACUGGACCUGGAGGCCCGCCUGGUGCUGGGCAAGAAAACUUGAAUGCUUUACAGAAAGCUAUCGAUUCUAUGGAAGAGAAAGGACUUCAAGAAGAUCCACGUUAUUCUCAACUACUUGCUUUACGGGCUCGUCAAGGUAGUAUGGGAGAGAAACAAACAUUUAGUUCACAACAGUUACAGCAAUUGCGUGUACAGAUAAUGGCAUAUCGAUUGUUAGCCAGAAAUCAACCAUUAUCCCAACAACUUGCACUUGCAGUACAAGGUGGAGCACCUCCUCCUCCAGGUAUGGCACAGCGUACCCCUAUAGAUCCAUCUCAAGGUCCUACUACUACUACAGGUCCACAAAUUUCUGGACCAACCGUAAUUGGCCCUGCAGUUCCCCCAAGGCCAGGAUGUCAGACACCACAACAACAACAACAACCUCCUCAACCUGGUGCUAAAACUAACAGAGUGACAAGUGUGGCAAAACCAGCUGGUUUAGAUCCGCUACUAAUUUUACAAGAACGUGAAAACAGAGUGGCAGCACGUAUAGCGUUACGGAUGGAACAAUUGAGUAAUUUGCCAACUAAUAUGCCAGAAGAUCUUCGUAUCCAAGCACAAAUUGAGCUACGGAUGCUUAGGGUAUUGAAUUUCCAAAGACAAUUACGAUCAGAGAUUUUAGCAUGCACUCGAAAGGAUACCACUUUAGAAACUGCAGUGAAUGUAAAGGCCUAUAAGCGUACAAAAAGACAAAGUCUUCGAGAAGCUAGAGCUACUGAGAAGCUUGAAAAGCAACAAAAAUUAGAAGCCGAGCGUAAACGCAGACAGAAACAUCAAGAAUUUCUUAGUUCUGUACUUCAACAUGGUAAAGAUUUCAAAGAAUUCCAUCGAAAUAAUGUGGCCAAAUUGGCAAGACUCAACAAAGCUGUUCUCAAUUAUCAUGCAAAUGCUGAAAGAGAACAAAAGAAAGAACAAGAGCGAAUCGAAAAAGAACGUAUGCGACGUCUUAUGGCAGAAGACGAAGAAGGAUAUAGAAAACUGAUUGAUCAAAAGAAAGAUAAACGAUUAGCCUUCCUGUUGUCACAGACAGACGAAUAUAUCAGUAAUCUUACUGAAAUGGUGAAGCAACAUAAGAUAGAACAAAAAAGGAAGCAAGUGGAAGAACAGAAGCGUAAAAAGAAAAAAAAGAAACUACAAGAUGGUGAAGGAGGGGAAGAUGGUAACGCUAAUGAGGAUACUCGUGUUGGCGUUAUUGAAACAGCUACUGGUCGCACAUUAACUGGUGAAGAAGCACCGUUAAUGAGUCAACUUUCAGCCUUCUUAGAAUCUCAUCCAGGAUGGGAGCCAAUUGAAUCAGAAAGUGAAGAUGAUGAUGAUGAUGAUGACGAAGAAAACGAUGGUGAAGAAAAAGGUGAACAUAAAGAAAAAUCUGCUGGUGAUUCGGAAGAAGAUAAAGUUAAGAAAACGAUACAUAAAGCCAAGGUAGAGGAUGAUGAAUACAAAACAGAAGAACAAACAUAUUAUAGCAUUGCACACACUGUACAUGAGGUAGUAACAGAACAAGCAUCUAUCAUGGUCAAUGGAAAAUUAAAAGAAUAUCAAAUAAAGGGUUUAGAGUGGCUAGUUUCAUUAUUUAACAACAAUCUUAAUGGUAUACUAGCAGAUGAAAUGGGUCUUGGUAAAACAAUUCAAACGAUAGCUUUGGUAACUUAUCUUAUGGAGAAGAAAAAAGUUAAUGGACCAUUUCUCAUAAUUGUACCAUUAUCAACUUUAUCAAAUUGGGUAUUAGAAUUUGAAAAAUGGGCUCCCAGUGUUGUUGUAGUAUCAUAUAAAGGUUCACCAGCUGGUAGAAGAGCUAUUCAGUCUCAAAUGAGAGCUACUAAGUUCAAUGUUUUGCUUACUACUUAUGAAUAUGUUAUUAAAGACAAGGGUGUUUUAGCAAAAUUACAGUGGAAGUACAUGAUUAUUGACGAAGGUCAUAGAAUGAAAAACCAUCAUUGUAAGCUAACUCAAGUGUUAAAUACACAUUAUUUGGCUCCUCAUCGACUCUUACUGACAGGAACGCCAUUGCAAAAUAAAUUGCCUGAAUUAUGGGCAUUAUUAAAUUUCCUGCUUCCUUCAAUCUUCAAAUCUUGUAGUACUUUUGAACAAUGGUUCAAUGCUCCAUUCGCAACUACUGGCGAAAAAGUCGAACUAAACGAAGAAGAAACUAUUCUUAUUAUUCGUCGAUUACAUAAAGUGUUGCGUCCUUUCUUACUAAGACGUUUGAAGAAGGAAGUUGAGUCACAGUUACCUGACAAAGUAGAAUACAUUAUCAAAUGUGAUAUGUCUGGAUUGCAAAAAGUUCUUUAUAAGCACAUGCAAAGCAAAGGUGUAUUAUUAACUGAUGGUUCAGAAAAAGGAAAACAGGGUAAAGGAGGUGCCAAAGCUUUGAUGAACACCAUUGUGCAGUUGAGAAAAUUAUGUAAUCACCCAUUCAUGUUUCAAGCUAUUGAAGAAAAAUAUUGUGAGCACGUAGGUACACAAGGAUCCGGUGUCAUUACGGGUCCUGAUUUAUACCGUGCAUCCGGAAAAUUUGAACUGUUAGAUCGUAUUCUUCCAAAAUUGAAAGCAACAAAUCACAGAGUAUUAUUAUUCUGUCAGAUGACACAAUUAAUGACGAUUAUGGAAGAUUAUUUAAGCUGGAGAGGAUUUAUGUAUUUGCGUUUGGAUGGUACUACAAAAGCUGAAGAUAGAGGAGACUUACUAAAGAAAUUCAAUGAUCCUGGUUCCGAAUAUUUCUUAUUUUUGUUGUCAACGCGAGCUGGUGGUCUUGGAUUAAAUUUGCAAGCUGCGGAUACUGUCAUUAUUUUUGAUUCUGAUUGGAAUCCACAUCAGGACUUACAAGCACAAGAUAGAGCACAUAGAAUUGGGCAAAAAAAUGAAGUACGCGUACUAAGAUUGAUGACAGUUAAUUCGGUUGAAGAAAGAAUAUUAGCUGCAGCUCGAUAUAAGUUAAAUAUGGAUGAAAAAGUUAUACAAGAAGGAAUGUUCGAUCAGAAAUCAACUGGCUCUGAGCGACAACAAUUUCUACAAAGCAUUUUACACCAAGAUGAUGCUGAAGAUGAAGAAGAAAAUGAAGUACCAGAUGAUGAAACAGUUAAUCAAAUGAUUGCACGAACAGAGGGUGAAUUUGAAAUAUUCCAAAAAUUGGAUUUAGAGCGAAGAAGGGAGGAAGCUAAACUGGGUCCAAAUAGAAAGUCGCGAUUAUUAGAAGAAGCUGAAUUGCCCGAUUGGUUAGUGAAAGAUGAUGAUGAAGUUGAACGAUGGACGUACGAAGAAGAUGAAGAUAGAUUUCUUGGACGGGGCUCGAGACAACGAAAAGAAGUUGAUUAUAGUGAUAGUUUGACUGAAAAGGAAUGGCUCAAAGCAAUCGAUGAUGAUGGUGCUGAAUAUGAAGAGGAAGAGGAAGAUGAUAAAAAGAAGAAGAAAACUCGAAAGCGAAAGAAAAAAGGUGAGGAAGAUGACGAGCCUAUGCCAAAGAAACGAAGAGGUACAGGAUCUGCAAUUGAUCCAAAAAUGAAACGAGCUAUGAAAAAGUUGCUUAUGGUAGUCGUUAACUAUACUGAUAGCACAGACGGCAGACUUCUUAGUGAACCGUUCAUGAAAUUACCAUCCAGAAGAGAAUUACCAGAUUAUUAUGAAAUUAUUAAAAAACCAUUAACUAUCAACAAAUUACUUCAAAAAAUUGAAGAAGGAAAGUAUGCUGAUUUUGACGAUCUUGAGAAAGAUUUCAUGCAGCUCUGUAAAAACGCACAAAUUUAUAACGAAGAAGCUUCUUUAAUACAUGAAGAUUCUAUUGUUCUACAAUCAGUUUUCACGAAUGCACGUCAACGUAUUGAAGAAGAAGGCAAUAAUUCUGAUAUGGAUGAUAAAGGUGAAGGUGAAGAAGGAUCAGAUGCAGAUUCAAGUGUCAGAAUGAAAAUUAAAUUGAAAGGAAGAAAGGGUGAAGGUAGAGGAGGUCGAAGAAAAAGGGUCACUAAAAAAUAUAUAUCAGAUGAUGAUGAUGAUGCUGAUGAUAACUGA